AUGGCUUACUGUGGACUGCAAAUCAUUGGCCUUGUACUUGGAGGCAUUGGCAUGGUUGGGACUUUUACAGCCACACUCUUGCCUCAAUGGAAAGUGUCUGCCUUCAUUGGUGGUAACAUCGUGGUGUUUGAGACAAUGUGGGAAGGGCUAUGGAUGAAUUGCGUCAGUCAACUUAACAUCAAAACUCAGUGCAGAUUCUAUCCCUCUGUCUUGGCACUUCCAGAUGGCUUGGCAGCAGCCAGAGCAUUGAUGUGCAUUGCUGUGGUCUUAUCAAUCAUUGCCUUUGUGACAGCUAUUAUUGGUAUGAAGUGUACUCAAUGUAUUGGGGAUAGUAAGCAAGCCCGGAAGAUCACUCUGCUCACAGCUGGAGUCAUUUUUAUUUUGACAGCCAUUCUCGUUCUGAUACCAGUGUCCUGGACUGCCAAUGGUAUCAUCAGAGACUUCCGCAAUCCGUUCAUCCCUGCACCACGCAAACGAGAACUGGGAGCUGCCCUCUACUUAGGGUGGGUCAGCUCAGCAUUUUUCAUCGCUGGAGGAGCAAUAUACUGCAGCUUUCACUGCUAUGCUAGUGAAUCCAGAAGUCCCAGGUAUCCUACCAUCCAGAAUCCAGAAGUCCCAGGUAUCCUACCAUCUUCCCGCCAUCAUUUGCACAAAACCAAACAUGCAUCAGCAGGGACUCUGAGCAUGAAUUCCUAUGUGUAG